CACCAGGACGGGUGACCAUCAUGGCAACGCAUGCGCUCUUCGAGUCGUCCUCUGGCUAUGCCAUCUUUGAAAUCAAGCUUCAGGAAAAUGUGGGCUCCAUGACGAAGGCGGUCCAAAAUUCCAUCGACGACCUUGCAAAAUUCGGGAAAAUGGUCACUUUGCUCAGCUUCUCUCCGUUCAAGAGCGCUGCGCAUGCUCUGGAGAAUGCGAACGACAUCUCAGAAGGCAUACUCAAUGACUACCUGAAGUCGCUGCUGGAGCUCAACCUGUCGAAACCCGCGAAGAAAUCAUCCGUCAAGCUCGCUGUGUGGGAUCCUGUCCUCGCAUCCUCGAUAAAAUCCGCCCUCAGCAUUGACUGUGAUACCUCUGACGUCUCGAAAGACAUAAUCCGCGGCAUCCGACAGCAUGCGCCAAAAUUGCUAAAGGGCCUGCAAGGAGACGAUCUCAUGAAGGCGCAGCUCGGUCUCGGGCACUCCUACUCUCGCGCGAAGCUGAAGUUCAACGUGAACCGUAUUGACAACAUGAUCAUUCAGGCCAUUGCCCUGCUCGACCAGCUCGACAAGGACGUAAAUCUCUUCUCCAUGCGUAUACGCGAGUGGUACGGCUACCACUUCCCCGAACUCGUCAAGAUCGUGCCGGACAACUACCAGUACGCGCAGGUCGCGCAGUUCCUUGGCGCGAAAGAGUCGCUCACCGAGGAGAAGCUGCCUGACCUCGCCGCGUUGCUCGACGAUGACAUGACGCGCGCGCAGAACGUGCUCGACGCAGCAAAGGGUUCGAUGGGCUCGACGCUCGCAGAGAUCGACAUGCUGAACAUCAAUGCAUUUGCGGCGCGGGUGGUGUCUAUCGCAGACUACCGCAAGUCGCUCAUGUCGUACCUGGCGGAGAAGAUGAACGUGGUAGCACCGAGUUUGACAGCCCUGCUCGGCGAGCGGAUAGGUGCUCGACUCAUCAGUCACGCCGGUAGCUUAACGAAUUUGAGCAAGUAUCCUGCUAGUACGGUGCAGAUUCUAGGGGCGGAAAAGGCGCUGUUCCGAGCACUGAAGACGAAAGGGAAUACACCGAAGUACGGCCUUAUCUACCACUCAACCUUCAUUGGUCGAGCUGGUCCUAAAUUCAAGGGCCGUAUAUCGCGGUUCCUCGCGAACAAAUGCUCAAUAGCCUCCCGAAUUGACUGUUACUCAGAUAAACCGUCUCCGCUGUUCGGCGAAGCACUGCGACAACAGGUCGAAGAGCGCCUUAACUUCUUCGAGACGGGUGCGCCGCCGUCGAAGAACGCGGAUGCGAUUCGGAAGGUGCUCGAAAAGAUGGAUCUGAACGACGACGAGGACGAAGACAUGGACGCGGAGCCGGCGCUUCCCCUUAUCGAACCAAGUCCCAAGAAGGACAAGAAGAAGCGCAAGCACCGCGGCGACGAUGAUGCUAUGGAUGAGAAAAAAGACAAGAAGGAGAAGAAAGAGAAGAAGAGCAAGGAGUAA